AUGAGUAAAAAAAGUAAGUAAAAAAAAAACACAAUGUCAUUUUCUUUAUUUUACCACCAAAUCAUCGUGCAAGUGAGCCGUUGCUGACAUCCUCCUGCACCUCCACCAGUAGGGUUUCUGUGCUGAGCUGACGGCUACGAUAAAAAAAUUUCUUCAAUUUUGGCCGACUUCUUUCUAUUUUUCUGAAAAGAGAAAGAUAUGGAUGGAGUCAUUUUAGCCAUGCCAGGUCCAUGGGCUGAUAACAAUUAUGAAGCAGCUGACAUAUACACGACCAAAAUUGGGGGGACUCCAGAUUGGCCUUUUCCAAUUGAUGAAGAGAAGCAAAGUCUGCUCGAGUGUAAUACGUGUGGGAUUAAUCUUAGUCUCCUUGCACAGAUUUAUGCUCCAGUAUCAAGUGAAUCACUGGCAAUAAACGAGCGGAUUAUCUAUGUUUUUGGCUGUCUCCUCCCAUAUUGUGAAAGCCACCUCUGGCGUGCAGUUCGAGUUCAAAAGAUCCCAAGUAACGAAAAAAAUCAUGUACCCUCAUCAUCUGUUUCUGUUGCAAACGACAAUUGGCAAGAAGAUCUUUGGUCGUUUGACACUAGGAACGAGCUAGGACAUGAAAACAGUGGCGAUGAUGAUGAUGAUGACAACAUGGAUAUGGAGGAGUUGGCCAGGGCACUUUCUGAAGCUGCGAGUUUCACCACCACUGAUAGAAAAAAGCAAAAUAAUGAUGUCGGUUCGAAUAGGGAGCCUCUGCCCAGGGGUCGGCUGGCUAGGCCUAUAGAUGAUAAAAUACCAGUGAUGCCGUGCUUCUACGUAUACCCACAAGAAGAGAAAGUAUCAAAAAAGGUUACUAAUGAGAGUUCCAAAGCCUCUUUGCUCUCAGUUCAAGAGUUUGAUCACAUUUCUGAAGAUCAGUCAAAUGGAGAACCAUAUGAAGAAGAGAAAUAUGAAUAUGACAGUGCAUUGAGUGCCGACAGGACUUACUUGAAAUUCAAGAAACGAAUGGAUUCAUACCCAGAGCAAUGCUUUAGAUAUUCCUAUGGUGGGAAACCUCUUUUGGCUUCUGUAGAAAUGGAAAAUCCCGAGAUGUGUAAACACUUUAUAUUCUUCUUGCAUGAAGCAGCCAACGAACGGCAGAGAACAUCCUUAGAGAAAUUUAAUUGGAUGACUUUGUUAGUCUACACUUGUUCCAAGAGUUGCACAGACUCAUUGUAUAAAGUCAAAUCUGGCGAUGUAGACUGGAUAAUAGCAGAGGAGGCAGUUAUCGUGCAGUAUGAAUAGAUUGUUUUGGUGCAACUCUUCGAGUUAAGGGCUACUCUAAUGUAUAAUCAUGAAUGUGAAAUUGCGAUAUUUUUUGUUUGUUUAAACUCAGUUUGUUUAUAAUGGCAAGAGUUUUAGAUGUCAAAUAUUUUCCUCCUACGCUGAUGACUGACUCAUUUCUACGUUAAUGAAAAGCUUAAUAAUUAAUAUGUAUAAGAUAUUUUAUUUUUUUUAUAUUUAAUUUUAUAUUUUAUUUAAUGCUUAGGAUAAUUAAAUUA